UGAGUAUAUGUGGGUACUUAACAAUGUAUUUAGGCCUAUGCCAGCAUACGCGUAUUAAGUUAUUGAAUGACGUCAUAAUGAAACGCCUCCCGCGUGGUCAACAAUGAUAAUCGAUCGAAAAAUUUGAACAAAAUCGGGUUAAGUAAACACCACCAGCAUAUGAAUGCAUUGAACCUAGCCUGAAGUGUCGGGCUUUCACGUUUGUAAUAGCGUCAGCGUGACUGGAGGUGGACUAGGCAGAAAUGUAGCUUUGGUCACAGGGUGCAAAGACGGAAGAGGGUGUCGAGUACUGUCUACCAGUGCAGGUUGCAAGCACAGUGUGUGUGCAACACGAUUCUAAAGAAAACGUUGUUUAUUAACAGGACAAGACUAGAAACAAAUGGGAAAAUGAAGGACAAAGAGAAAAAUGAAGACAACAUGACGUCGGAUCAAAGUUCCGAGGAGCCGAGGUCAAUGCAGGCCGCCAGUGAUGUGGACGAUGUGGAGGUCAGUUUUGGUCCCAAGAAACAGAAAGCCGUGAAGAACCUGAAAGAGUCACCGUUGAUCCUAGAAGACAUUGAAGUCAUACGACCGCCCGAGAUGGAGCACGUCGUGAUGGCAGACGAACGCCUCCGCGUCUCUCCCUGUACCUCACCCCCUUACAAGUGGAUUUGCUACCUUGAGAUUUACGCUGGCAACGAUCGCUACAAGGGCACCGGUUUCUUUUGUACAGCUCUGCGGGGGACAUCACGUGACCUGGUCAUCCUGACAUGCGCACACAACUUAUUCAUUGAAGGAGCGUAUGUGCAGAAAGUGAAGGUGUACCCCGGCCGAGACACGUGGCAGCUACCAUACGGGCACUUUACAGUGUACCCCUCUAGCUUCCGGGCCAGUGAUCUUUAUAUGAGGAAUAUCACUUCAGGAAGUAGAGACGCUUCCGUGCAUGACUAUGGCGCCAUAUUUGUAAGUGAUACAAACAGAGUCCGGGCAGCAUUGCCAAGGGAUUCCUACGGCUUUGGGUACAAUCUUCUCCCCGAUGAAGCCCUCCAGAAUAGAGUGGUUAACAUCUGUGGUUAUCCGGGUGACAAAUCCGACGGAACGCUGUGGAUAGGGGGCGGAAGGAUAUCUAGGGCACGUGACCGGAUGUUCGAUUACGACACCGAUACAGCAGGCGGCCAGAGCGGAAGUCCCGUCUGGACUUGGUACUACCAAGACUGGGUCGUCAUAGGUAUCCAUGGUUACGGGCGUGGUACAUACAACUCUGCCAGGCGAAUCAACAAGGAGGUACUCAAUGACGUAUUUAAGUGGUCACGUGAGAUUUCCCGCUUGGGGGCUUUGUCAGCAGAGAGUGCUCCGAAGGAAAAUCCCUUACCAGCGGUGCUUGCGACGCCGCUAUCCACAGAUGCAACGGACGCGCGUUUUAAACCAACACGUGCCAAAAAGGAGACGACUGUUUAACAGAGUUCUUAAACAGAUGUUUAAAAAUGUCAGAUGUGCGAAAGUUUGAACUAAUCAGCGAUUUGAUCUUAGACUCGCGUGAAACGACGAGAACUUCCAGUGAUUUACACAGGAUAGUUAUAUGUUUGAUGGCUUUCGCUUUUACACGUGCGUUAGUGAGUUUGGUGUGGGUUUGGGUUGAGAGUAACUAGACAUUGGUCACCAAGUACAUGUAAUUUCUGAACUCAUUCUAAAUUUGGCUUUAACUUUUUUAAGAAAGUGAUGUCUAUUUAUUCAUUUAUUUUAUUUAUUUAUUUUUUGUAAUUUCUAUUAUUAUUAUCUUUUUAGAGCGUUUCACUUUUAUGAGUGGAGCGCGAGUAGACAUUUCAUUUGA